UUCAUGAAUUCCACAAUAAUCUUAGUAUUAUCAUUCUUUGUUGCAUUAAAUUUCUCGAAUACUCAAAGUUUUCAGCACCCUUUAGACCCUUUAAGCCCUAAAGAGAUCAACGAAAUACGAGCCAUUAUCGAGAAAUCCCAUCUCAAAACCCUUACAAAUUUAACAUACCACUUUGUGGAUUUUGAUGAGCCAGAUAAGAAUGAUGUGCUACAUUGGCUAUCAUCAUCAAAUAGACAACCAAAAUCUUUUCCUCGUCGAGCUAAGGUGGUGGUCAUAGGUGGGAAACAAACACGUGAACUCAUAGUAGACUUAUCGAAAAGGUCGAUUGUGUUAGACCAUGUUUACAAAGGUCAUGGUUACCCCCCACUUACAUUUGAAGAGUUGUUACAAGCAAGUUUACUUACACAAAAAGACCCUCGAUUUUUAACUUCACUUUCAAAAAGAAAUUUAAAAAGUUCUCAAGUUUCAUGCUUACCUCUUACAAAAGGUUGGUUUGGAGAACAUGUUUCUAAAAGGGCAGUUAAAAUCACAUGUUUCUAUAGAAAUGGGACUACUAACAUAUAUGCACGACCAAUUAAUGGGAUAACAAUAAUAUUUGAUCUCCAACUAAUGAAGGUGACAACAUACAUGGACCGGUACAGAACCCCAUUGCCUAAGGCCGAAGGAACCGAGUUUCAUUCACGGCCACUACAACCCGGCCCGAGUUUCCCUAACACAACAAACAGCAAGUUGAACAUACAAGGUAAUGUUGUUACAUGGGGUGAUUGGAAAUUUCACGUCGCAUUUAAUUCAAGAGCAGGGGUAAUUAUAUCUACUGCUUCAAUAUUCGAUUCAAAAGAGAAUAAGUACAGGAGGGUUUUAUAUAGAGGGCAUGUUUCGGAGACGUUUGUACCGUACAUGGAUCCUACAGAAGAUUGGUAUUAUAGGACGUUCAUGGAUGUAGGCGAAUUCGGGUUCGGGAAGGCAGCAGAUAGCCUUCAACCCCUUGUUGAUUGUCCAGGGAAUGCGAGGUUUAUGGAUGGAUAUUUGAUUGAUGGUUUUGGAAUGCCUAAUUUGCUUCCUAGAGCUAUUUGUAUUUUUGAAAAAUAUUCUGGUGAUGUUGCUUGGAGACAUACUGAGAUUGGUGUUCCUGGAAGAGUGAUAAGAGAUGGAGAGCCAGAAGUUACACUAGUUGUGAGAAUGAUAGCUACCGUGGGGAAUUAUGACUACAUUCUUGAUUGGGAAUUUAGACAAACUGGAUCUAUUACAGUUGGGGUUGGACUAACCGGAGUUCUAGAAAUGAAAGCAACAUCCUACACAUCAACAGACCAAAUCACGGAAGAAGUGUAUGGCACCAUGGUGGCACCCAAUACAAUUGCCAUCAACCACGACCAUUUCCUCACGUACUAUCUCGACCUCGACAUAGACGGCAAUAACAACUCCUUCAUGAAAUCAUCGUUACAGUCAAAGAGAGUUAAGAGGAUGACCACCCCUAGGAAAAGUUACUGGAGGGUUAAGAAGAAAAUCUUGAAAAGAGAAGCUGAGGCUAGGAUACGACUCGACUCGAAACCAGCUCAACUAAUGGUGGUGAACUCUAACAAGAAAACGAAUGUAGGAAACAUAGUUGGUUACCAGCUUGUAACGGGGCAAUCGGCUUAUUCUUUAUUAGCGAAUGAUGAUUAUCCUCAAAUACGUACGGCUUAUACAAAGUAUCAAAUUUGGGUGACACCCUAUGAUAAGUCUGAAAGAUGGGCUGGUGGAUUUUAUGCUGAUCAAAGUCAUGGAGAUGAUGGCUUAACCGUAUGGACGCGCAGGAAUAGAAAGAUAGAAAACAAAGACAUUGUGUUGUGGUAUACAAUGGGAUUUCAUCAUGUUCCUUGCCAAGAAGAUUUUCCUAUUAUGGCCACUCUACGAAGCAGUUUCGAGCUCAAACCAACCAACUUUUUCGACCAAAAUCCAAUCACUUAUAAGUCAUGAUCAAACAUAAUCGUAUUUGGAUAAAUAAUGUCAUAAAACUUAUGGCAUGGGAUAUCAGAUACCUUUGAAGCAUUCAACCUGAUUCCAGUAUUGGAGGGUCGAAAUUUCAAUAUUGCAACAUACACAAGGCUAAUCGCCAACGAGUUCAAUGGGCGCAUGAGAUUGUUUAAGGAGUGUCGAAAAAUAGUGGGUUGCUUUAAUUUAUUAACAAUACUUUGUAAUUUCUCUUUGAGCAUAUGUUGAAAAAUAAAUAAUUAAAUAAAGUUCAAACGUAUGUGACGAACGAAAGCUAAACCUAGUUUAUUAAUAUGUUGUAUGCUAUUCACUUGAAUUAUGCAUUAGAAGGUGUACAACAAAGCAAUAUAUGCAUUAAUUUAAC